AACCCAAUCCCCAACUAGAUUCUACCUUGAAGUCAAUUUAAAUCUCGACCAUUCCGUAUAUCCUCAAGAUUAAAUAUCUCUCAAAAAGCCUUGCGCUUAGUAGGUGAGCAAAAAUAGUCUAUAUUGUUUUCCCCAAAAAAUACUACUCAUUGACCCCUCAUUUCGCAACAUGAUGUGACACCCGGAGGCUUCCAAAACCGUUGCGACCAGGCAUCCAGAUAAGAUAGAUACAUCUAGAAGACGUGUACAACGUUAGGCGCAUGAUGCAUCCCAAAUCAGUAACAGUGUAACAGCAUAUCAUAGUAAGAAGAAAUUUGACCAGGAAAUGAGCAACGAGCAAACGCCGAGCACACCACCACAACCUGGAAGAAGCGCAAUCAAACACUCGCACACGCACACACACUCAAACUAUCAAUAGCGAGGGCAUCAUCAUCGAAGGCGAGGGCAUCGGUCGAACAUCAACGCCGCGUUAUCUUCCUACAUGUUCUGGAACUUCCAAAACAAGUCGUACGAUAAGUUAGAGCGUAUAUGUUUUGUCCCGCUUUAUCGAUGCGUCCAGUGUUUGUCCGAGGCGUUGCGUGAUUGUAUAAAUACACUAGAGAGGCAAGGAAUAGUGCGAUAAUAAACUAACCCUCGUGCGGUUUUUGACAAACAAACCGAACGCAGAGCGCAAAACAGAAUCUAACAACCAUCAAGGCAAGAUGCAGUCCGGUUGCGCACGGUACCAGAGCCGUCAUCUGGCGCCGCUCAGGGCGCUGGCAGCACUGUCAACAGUUCUGACGCUUCUGCUUAUCGCUGAUUCCGUGCCAUCCAGCGCAGCAGCAGCAGCAGCAGCAGCAUCCAUCAGUAGCAGCAAUCCACACACGGACAACAGUACCAUCACGGACACGAUGCAGAACCUGUCGACGCACAUUCUGGAUACGACGCGCGGUAAGCCGGCGGCCGAAGUACCCGUUACGCUGUACCAGCGUACAUCCAGCCAGGCCUGGACGAAGAUCAGUACGGGCAUUACGGACGGUGACGGCCGGUUUCGCAGCUUCUUCGCCGACGGUCAACCGGGACUGGAGAAGGGCGUGUACAAGCUAUACUUCGACGUUGGACUUUACUUCCGUGGACGAAGUGUAGAAAGUCUUUAUCCGUUUGUGGAGAUCGUAUUCACCGUGGCCGAUCCGACCCAGCACUAUCACAUACCGCUGCUCCUCAAUCCGUUCGGUUAUUCCACGUACCGUGGUUCGUAGUCGAGUCGUUUAGAGCGUGAAUAAAAGAGAGCUGCGAUUGCGUUUAACACCGAAA